GUCGAAUUGUGGCGCGCAUCUUUCGCAAAUCAUCGUACCACCCCACCAACUUGCCGCAACAUCCGCCUUUCUUCGUCCAGCCACAAGCGCAUCAGCAGCCAACUUUCACUUCCUUCCUCUCUCACUUCUCUCUUGUGCUCGUGUGUGAUCUCCAUCCACUCCACCCACGCUCACAUCAACCACCCCACGCUCUCACACACACACUCUCUCACAGUCUAUCAAGUGCUCCCUCCCCCCUUACACCCGCCUUACACUCCCCUCUUACACUUCCCCUCCUCCUCCUCCUCCUCCUCCUUUUCUGCGACCACAACAAACAGCAAAGAUGACGGAUCCCCGCCCCGACGCCGUGCUGCACCCUGAAGGCCGCAUCAACCAGUUUGUGAUCGCCUCCCACUAUGCCGUGCGCGGCACCAUCUACAUUGAGGCGCAGAAGCGCAAGGCGAGCGGCAAGGAAGUCAUCUUCACCAACAUCGGCAACCCGCAGUCCCUUGGCCAGAAGCCCAUCACCUUCCCGCGCCAGGUCAUCUCCCUGGUCACAUGCCCGCAGCUGCUGGAGCACCCCGACGUGGGCAAGCUGUUCCCCGAGGACGCCAUCGCGCGUGCAAAGAAGUACCUGGACAACCUCCCCGGUGGCUCCGGCGCAUACCAGGACUCGCGCGGCAACAUGUACGUGCGCCAGGAGGUGGCCGACUUCAUCGCCCGCCGUGACGGGCACCCGGCCAACCCAGAACACAUCUUCCUCAGCGACGGCGCCUCCCCCGCCAUCCAGCGCUGCCUGAACAUGCUCAUCCGCGACCAGAAGGAUGGCAUCCUCCUGCCCACCCCGCAAUACCCGCUGUACUCUGCCUCCGUUGCCCUGCUUGGCGGCGUCAUCCUCGGCUACGGCCUGCAGGAGGAGCAGGGCUGGUCCCUGUCCAUCGACAACCUCAACGAGGUGGUCGCCGACGCCAAGGAGCGCGGCCUCACCGUGCGCGCGCUCGUCGUCAUCAACCCGGGCAACCCGACCGGCCAGGUGCUCUCUCGCGAGAACAUGGAGGAGAUUGCCCGCUGGGCCGCCGUCAACCGCGUCGUGCUCCUUGCGGACGAGGUGUACCAGACCAACGUCUACGGCUCCCGCCCCUUCAUCUCCUUCAAGAAGGUGGUGACGGAGAUGGGCGACGAGGGCAAGAAUGUCGAGCUCAUUUCCUUCCACACCGUGUCCAAGGGCGUGUUUGGCGAGUGCGGCCGCCGCGGCGGGUACCUGGAGGCCACCAACAUCCACCCGGGCGCGUUGGACCAGCUGUACAAGGUGUUCUCCAUCGGCCUGUCGUCCAACGUUGACGGCCAGCUCAUGAUGGGCCUCAUGUGCAACCCGCCCAAGCCCGGCGACGCCUCGUACGAGCAGUACGAGCAGGAGUGCGAUGCCAUCUUCCAGUCCCUCAAGCGCCGCGCCGAGAUGAUCUCCAACGCCUUCAACGCCCUCCCCGGCGUCUCCUGCCAGAACGUCGAGGGCGCGUUGUAUGCGUUCCCGCGUGUGCGCCUGCCAGAGGCUGCGGUGAAGGAGGCCGAGAAGAAGGACAUGGGCCCAGACCUCUUCUACUGCCUGGAGCUGCUGCAUGCCACGGGCAUCUGCGCUGUGCCCGGGUCUGGCUUUGGCCAGGAGGAGGGCACCUUCCACUUCCGCACCACCAUCCUCCCCGCCGAGGAGCAGAUGCCGCGUGUCAUCGACCUCUUCACCUCCUUCCACAAGGACUUUCUCCAGCGCUUUGGCAUGCCCUCCAAGAUGUGAGCGCGCGCGUGUCAGGUUGCACAUAGUAGCAGCAGUUGUUUGUGUUGACCGUGCAGGGGCGUGCGUGUGCCUGGGCGUGCAUGUGUGCGUGCAUUUUGCGUGCGAAUGUGUGCAUGCAUGCGUGUGCGAAUGAGUGCGUGCGUGUGCUUGGUAGACCUUUGCGUGUCGUGCAUCGAAUCGGUUUUGGUUGCUGGCGUAUGUUUUCCCCGGUGUACUUUUCACAACUCCCCCCCCCCUCCUUAUCGUUCCCCCUCCUCUCAACUCCAAGCAAGGCAUAGGUGGUUUUGUCGUUGUUGGUUGACCUCGCUUCUUGUUUCUCUCUUUUCUGUGGCCAUCACCACAACUCUUCCCCAACCCACGACACAUUCUUCGUUGAUGGGUCUACCCCUCUUCCGAUUAUGCUGCUCUGCUCAUGAGCAAAAAAAAAAAAUCACUCUC